AUGCAACCGAUCAUCCGCGAAGCUACAAUUUAUGACACCAUUGGCAUUCAGCCGCGAAUUGCUGAAUGCAUGUCCAGAGGCAGAUCUGACUAUGUCGACGUCAAAUACUAUCCACAUGGCGACCUUGCGAGUUAUUGCCAGAAAAAUAGGAUCACUCCUGAACUCCAAUCAAAAUGGUUCCAGCAGAUCCUGGAAGCUGUCGUUGUCAUUCACCGUCAUGGUGUUAUUCACUCAGACCUAGCGCUACGACAGUUUUUUGUCGAUGAUAACCUCGAUCUACGCCUGGGCGAUUUUAACUCUUCUCAGUACCCUGGUCACCCAGCACUGGGCUACGAGAAAGCAUCACAUUGCUUGCCUCGAGAUUAUGAACUUCCAAACACCGAAAUCUCUGACAUUUUCGCCCUAGGGUCUACCCUAUACGAACUAGUCGUUGGCAGGGCCCCUUACAGCGAACUUAACCCUAUUCGGCUCGAAUCCGAUGAUCCUGAUGUUAUCAAAGCGCGAAUUCAGCGACAACACCAGGUAGAUCUUGAGAUUGAGUUGCGAUACAAAAACCACAACUUUCCGGAUGUCUCUGACGUAUUCCGUGGAGAUAUCAUAUUAGGUUGCUGGAGAGGGGACUUUUCCACGGCGAAGGAAGCGCUUGGUCUGUAUAUAAAGAAAAGCGCCGAAGAUAUGUGUACGAAUUCAAGUCGCUCCAAGGAAAAUCAUAGGCGUGUGCAGGUGAGGUGA